UGGGCGCUGGGCCUGGGCGGGCUAGUUCUCAGUGCGGCGGCGGCGGCGGCUGUGGCGGCGGCGGCGGCGGCGGCUCGGGGGACCGGGGCCUUUUGUUUGGAGCGGCUGCGGGGGGCCACGGAGCGGAGAGGCCCGCGGCCUUCCCCAGCUCGCUCGGUCCCCGCCGCCCCUUGCAGGGUUGCGGGGCCGCCCCGUGGGCCGCCCGUCGCCUCAGGCACCGCCGCCCCGCCCUAGGCCCGCCCCGCCCGGCCUGAGGGGAGGAACCGGCCGGGCCUCGCCGCGCGGCCCAGCCAGCUCCGGAGUAUUCGCUGCUCUUCGCUGAGCUCUACACCCAAGGCUACCCCUCGCGCCUUAGGCCGACGCCAUGAAGAUCAAGGAUGCCAAAAAACCCUCUUUCCCAUGGUUUGGCAUGGACAUAGGGGGAACUCUGGUAAAGCUCUCAUAUUUUGAACCUAUCGAUAUCACAGCGGAGGAAGAACAAGAGGAAGUUGAGAGCUUAAAAAGCAUUCGGAAGUAUUUGACUUCUAACGUAGCAUAUGGAUCAACUGGCAUUCGGGAUGUACACCUUGAACUGAAGGACUUAACACUUUUUGGACGAAGAGGGAACUUGCACUUUAUCAGAUUUCCAACCCAGGACCUGCCUACUUUUAUCCAAAUGGGAAGAGAUAAAAACUUCUCAACCUUACAAACGGUGCUGAGUGCUACAGGAGGCGGUGCUUACAAGUUUGAGAAAGAUUUUCGCACAAUUGGAAACCUCCACCUGCACAAACUGGAUGAACUUGACUGCCUUGUAAAGGGCUUGCUGUAUAUAGAUUCUGUCAGUUUCAAUGGGCAAGCAGAAUGCUAUUAUUUUGCUAAUGCCUCAGAACCUGAACGAUGCCAAAAGAUGCCUUUUAACCUGGAUGAUCCUUAUCCACUGCUGGUAGUGAAUAUUGGCUCAGGAGUCAGUAUUUUAGCAGUUCAUUCCAAAGACAACUAUAAAAGAGUGACUGGGACAAGCCUUGGAGGAGGUACGUUUCUUGGUUUAUGCAGCUUAUUGACUGGCUGUGAAAGUUUUGAAGAGGCUCUUGAAAUGGCAUCCAAAGGUGACAGCACACAAGCUGAUAGGCUGGUCCGUGAUAUAUAUGGUGGAGAUUAUGAAAGAUUUGGUCUGCCAGGCUGGGCUGUGGCAUCCAGUUUUGGGAAUAUGAUUUAUAAGGAGAAGCGAGAAACUGUUAGUAAAGAGGAUCUGGCGAGAGCUACUUUAGUUACUAUCACCAAUAACAUUGGUUCUGUGGCACGAAUGUGUGCUGUUAAUGAGAAAAUAAACAGAGUUGUCUUCGUUGGAAACUUUCUACGUGUCAAUACUCUCUCUAUGAAACUUCUGGCAUAUGCUUUGGAUUACUGGUCAAAAGGUCAAUUGAAAGCAUUGUUUCUAGAACAUGAGGGAUACUUUGGAGCCGUUGGUGCACUUCUUGGACUGCCAAAUUUCAGCUAAAACGUCAGAGAACUUUAUGAAGAAAUGUCAUCCAGGAGGAACUGAUCCAGAGACUGUAUUCAUUAUUUGUCACUGGGAACCAAAGGAUAAAAGAGUAACACUAUUUGUGUUGAUUUUAAAUGUCAGAAUGAUGAGCUCAUGAGCUUUGCUGCCUGGAAAGACCUCUGUAAUGGGAAGUAUUCCUCAUUGAUUGUCCCCUGUUUGUAUAUAUAGCCAGCGUUCUAUCUUAUAUGCAAUACAGCCUCUUGAUUGUUGAACUUUUCUCAAAAAAUGAUUUUCUAUUUAUUUGAUGUAGCCAGCAUUGUAGUACUGUAUGUUCAAACACAAAUCUUCAAAUCUCAGAAAUGUUUGCUUAUGCAAAAUAAUACUAAAUAUUUGUUUCGAGUCUGUUUUAUGUAUGUUUGGUUACUAGUGAAAAGGAAGUAACAUACUCUGUAUCAUAAUUUAUUGUACUGGCAAUCAAAGAUGAUCAUUUUCUGUGACUUUAGAAAUGUUAAGGCAAUAUUAAGUAUUAACUAUGGUAGUAGUUUUAUAACAUAUCCUCUUCAACAAAGCAUGUCUAUGACCUCUCCCCAUAAGUACAGUUUUCUCUCAGUUGAUGAGUUGAAAUACUGUAUUUAAACAUAAACCUGACUUUUUCUUUUGAAUCCCUGAAUUUUUUUGCACAUAUCUGGUGGCGUUAAGUUUUCUUUAUUUCAUGCAUCAAUCAGUAUAUGUGUUAAGAUGUUUACUGUUUUAAAAUGGGGGCAUAACCACAUACUUUGGAAUCUGCCUAAGUCCUCAGACUAUUCAGAUGGAAUAUGAUUAGACUGAGUGACAUUCUGUUCUUUCCCAACUAUGUGUAUCAGACUCAAACAUACACAUUUCUUCCUUCUCAUUAAGACAACUAUGAAAGCUGAUUUUUAUCCUGCUAUAAACAGCAAAGGGCAGAAUCAGAUGUUGUCUAAAAGGGUAUUUUGAAACUGUGUGACUCUGAGGUAGUAUUGCUGAGUUACAAAUGGAUCAGUAUUUGUGUUUUUUGGUCAUAAAAGCAUUGCAGAUCCAAAAUUUGUCUUUGCUUCUGCCUUGGAAUUUAUUCUUGUUUUUGAAUUCCUGAUUUUAUAAUGUUAAAUCUCUCAGAUUUUACAUUUGCAGUAACAUUUUAGAGGCCAGUAGUGUGUCAUAAAGUUGAAUCUGUAAGGGAAAUGGACCUGUAUUAAUUACCAAUAUUUCUGGAAAUAACCUUGAAGAGGUUAGAGAUUGUCUACACUUCAAAUAGUAUUCCAGUGUGGUUUCUGAGACCCUAGUGUUCUGUAGUAAGUUUCCACCAGAUUGUCAGGAGGUGUUUGAUACGACAGAUCUCCGUGUAGUUUUCAGAUUUUAUGUGCAGGUAUUUAAAAUUCAGUUUUCUUCACCUAAAAUAUGAACAUACAAAUAGUAUUUGGGGAGUCUAUGAAGAUAGUGUUUGCCCAGUAGACUGCUUGGAACUUUGAAAUCAGCCCACUCAGACAUUUAAGUCUACCAUGAUGUCUUUGUUGUCAGUGUUUGCCGGAGCAGUGGCCAGUUCCAGCUAGAAUGCCACUGCUUCCUCUAUUAUAAAGGUUUUGACUCAAGUGUUUAUGCAGAUAAUAAAAUAAUUAAAUGAUAGAAACUGCAGAUUUUCUACCUGUGGAAAUUCUAUACAUCAACUAUAGGUUUAGAGCUGUCUUUAAGAAGAGAUUGAAUAGUGUUCAUAUUCACUUGAUCACUAUGCUUUGGGUAAUGUGGAACUAACAUUUUGUCAUUUGGAACUGAGAUUACCUACUAAGAUCCAUGUAACAUGAACCAACUAGCUCAUCUAUUUACCUUUUUCCAAGUGUAAUCUAUAAUUAUGAAUUAAUAAGAACACAGAAUCGUGAUUGAUAAAGGCUGCCAACAUUCUAAUCUGCUUUACAUUGCUCUUGAGAAAUUCCCUGUAAGCAUACUGUCAUAAAUAGCCUAAUUGAAGGUCUGUGUUUUGGAAUUGGGGGUUUUGUUUGUUUGUUUGUUGGGUUUUUUUUUUUUUUUUUGGUGUUGUUUGGUUGGGUUUUUUUGUUUGUUUUUUGGUGGUUUUUUUUGUUUUGUUUUGUUUUGUUUUGUUUUUGGUUUUUCAAGACAGGGUUCUCUGUGUAACUAACAGCCCUGGCUGUCCUGGAACUCUCACUACAUAAACCAGGCUGGCCUCAAACUCAGAUAUGCCGCCUGCCUCUGCCUCCCAGAGUCCUGGGAUUUGUGCACCACCACCGCCCGGCUAAGGUCUGUGUUCUUAAACAGUGCCAUUUAAUAGAACUAAAAUGUAAACCAUGUAUAAUUUUAUAUUUUCUAGUAAACACAUUAAAAACUAACAAGAAGUAGAUGAAAAAAUCAUUUUAGUACAUGUGGGGUUUUUGCUUUUGUUUUCUUUCUUUUUUUUUUUUUUUUUUUUUGGUUUUUCGAGACAGGGUUUCUCUGUGCAGCUUUGCGCCUUUCCUGGGACUCACUCUGUAGCCCAGGCUGGCCUCGAACUCACAGAGAUCCGCCUGGCUCUGCCUCCCGAGUGCUGGGAUUAAAGGCGUGCGCCACCACCGCCCAGCUUUGUUUUCUUUUUUUACCAGUAUAUCUAAUGUGUUAUUUCAGUGUGAAAUCAGUGCAAAAAUUUUUUUGGGAGAUAUAUUUUGCCCUUUUUGUUUAUUUUUGUUUUUAAUUACUUAGUCUUCAGUUGAUGUACAUUUUAAAUGGCACUUCUCAGUUUGGACUGACCACAGUUAAGAUUUCAUAGCCACUACAUAACGACAGCCCACUGGGUUAGUGUUUUUCUAGAACUACUUCUGGUUUUGUUUUUGAGACAGUCUCACCUAUGUAGCCCUGGCUAGCUAGCCUGGAACUGGCUGUAUAGACCAACCAGAUAAACCUUGAACUCAAAGAAAUCCACCUGCCUCUGCCUCCACACUGAGACUAAAGGUGUGCUAGAAUUAAGUGAAUGCUAUAGUGUGUCCAUGAAAACUUUAUGAAUAUGAGCUUUUAAAAGAAUGAAAUGGGGGUGAGAAUUUUUUUUUUAAUAUAAAUAAGAUCAUUUAUUUGGGCCAGUUUAUUUUACACAGAGAAGCUAUUACUGAUUAUCCAAAAAUAUUGAUAUGUUGGCAUCAUGUCAUCUCUUGUAGUGUAUGGGAUUUUUCUAAUAUCUGAUACUGAUAAAACUGCCUAUGAUAAUCUUAGUAGUUAGCAAUCUCCAAACUAAUGGAUUUCCUUUAUGGAAGCAAAAUUAAUUCCAGGGAUUUUGUUUCUAAAGUUUCUGAGUUUUGUGCAGUCAAUUUUGAAGGAUUACCAAGAAACACUUUUUAACUUGUUGUCUUUUAUAUAUACAGAGAAUCUUUAUAAAAAUUCUGGUAACUUCAAAUGCUAAGAGCAUUGUCAGCCAUGGUUUUGGUGGUAGAGUGCGCACACAGAGAUCUAAAGUACCACCACUCCCCAAAAAUGUUGCCUUCUAACUAGCCUUCUAGGCUUCUGGCCCACAGUCACAUAGGUUAGCAUGGCAUUUCCUUUCUCAGCUACUCUAAGUAGGUGGAGAACUAGUGGAUCCCUCCCUUGGAUAAAGUCAUUGCCAAGGCCAAUAAUGUGCAUGAUAAUUGAAAGCCAGCCUCUCAAGAGGUUCUCAUUAUUUGUAAAAUCUGGACUCUUUAAAAACUCUAAAUUGAUGUUGCCCCUGAGAAUGCAUGUGAUUGCUGUGUUUGGGAAACCCAUUCCUAAAAGAUAAUGCUGUUUGGGGGUUACAUUCUUGGGUGGAAAGCUUGGCCUGGCCAUAGUUCUUAAAUGUUCCUUAUAAAACCACUUUGUUAGAAACAAAGUUCUUUCAUAUUUAGUUUAUUUGUAUCUUUUUUCUUUUGUUGAGCACUUUAUCUUUGUUAGUGUGCUGCAUUUGCAAAUAUAAUUCAGAAAUUCUAAAUUAUGUAAAAAAUUGCUAAAGCAUAAUGAAAAUGAAUGUCCUUUUUUUGCAUUCAACUUGUUUUGUACUAUAUGUAAACAAAAUAAUCAAAAUACAUUCUCUUUUAAAAUACUCUGAUUUUAAAGUGAUUCCUUGAAAUGUCAGUGUUGUCUUUUCCCAGCCAAGCCCCUGUUUAGAGUGUGAUUUAUUCUGACAGUGAUGCACAUAGGCUAGCUUCAUUUCUGUCAGCAAAUAGUCUUUGGUUUGGUUUCGUUUGGUUUAUGCUUUUUGAGACAGGGUCUUUCUAUAUAGUCCUGUCUGUUCUGGAACUUGUUAUAUAGACGAGGCUGGUCUAAAACUCACAAGAAAUCCUCCUGUCUCUGCCUCCCAAGUGCUGGUGAUAAAGGCGUAUGCUACCACACCUGGCCUGCAUCACAUAAUCUUACACAAUUACUUUUUGUUUGCAGUUUGUAACAAGAAUUGUCUUUUCCAAUGAGUCUCAUAAUGUGAAUUUUUUUUUUCUUUGAAGAUUGUGAUAGCUGGUUCGAAACAGCAGUGUGAAAAGAGAUUGUCCCAGGGUUUCUGCUGUCUUAUUUCUACUUAGAGAAUAUUAAAAUGUUUUUGCAAAGCAUUCCCUUUGGUCCUGCUGUGCUGUCUUGUAUCUAUUCAGUACAUGUGGAGUUCAGAUUUGAUAAUGUUUUAUGGUGUGCUGGUCAUUGGCCCAGCUUCUUUGAAUGUCACUAUCUCUAUUUGUAAGCUGGAAAUUCAGUGGCUGCUGUGGGAAAUGACAUAGUUGUCAGUAGCCUGAGAACAACUGCCCCGUUCCUGGCAGUGCUUAGGAUGACUUACAUGUGUUCAGUGCUUAUGUAGUAGUUUAACAAUAAGUACUUACUAUUCUCCCCUGUUACUGCCCUUGAUAGCUAUUGGAAACUAUGUGCAUACAUUCAUCUGUAACUUGAACUUUAACCAUUAACCUAAAAAUUAUGUAGGGAUUAUUACUACUUUUCAUUUGUACAAGAGGAAAUUGCCCCUCUAAUUCAGAGAGUUAAAGCCACUCUGAAAUUGCUGCAGUUGUCUAACACACAAUUCCCAGCCACAUUUACAAAAUGAAAAUGGAAUUGCCUACAAGUAGGUUGAAAUGGCCCUAAUGAGGCAGGCAGAAGACCUAAAGUCUUUUCUGAGCUUAGUGGGAUAGACCUGUGUCCGACAGCAAUGUCCUUACUUCUAAAAGUCAGUGAGAGCUGAUGCUGGAAUCUUGCUGCUGGCUCCCAGCACUAUGCUUGAAUCUGAUCUUCAUUCACAAACUAGUUUGUUUUCUAAACAAAGGUUUUGGUUCUGCACCUCAUAGCUGGCUGUUGUUGGCCUAAUCCUACAUGUAAAUCACUGGUCUGCUGCAGUGAGUGAGGAUCAGAUAUAUAGUACCCACUAUGUUUGAGCCAAGCCAAUUUGGCAUUUUACCUGAAGUUGAAAGGCAUUCUUUCAAUUCUUCCCAGUUCUGAUGAAGUCAUUCCUAGGUGUUUUCUGUCCCAUUUUGGGAAUCUUAAAUCUCGGCUUAUUUUACUUACACAUGUCACUUCGGUGUAAGCGCCUUACUUUGUUGGUUGCAUUAUUCUUGCUAGGUCCAAGCUUUGUUAUGUUUAGAUUCUUCUAAUAUUAAAUCUGUGUAAAAAUGUAUGAUAUGCUACAAACUUUAUGCAUAAUAAGACUAAGUUAUAGCCUAUUGUAACCUAUAAAACAUUUCUUGUAAAUUAUCUAAUUUAUUUUUCCAUUUAUGUACAGUUUCUUAAUGUAAAUUUUUAAAAUUUGUUGUGGCCUGCUCUAAACAUUCCCAUGCUUUUCCCCUUAAUGCUUAUAUGCAUGAAAGAAUCUUGGGUUCUUCAUUUGUACUAUGUAGCCAGCCUUUAAGCCAAUUUCAGGGUGUCUACCUUUUCUGUAGUUUCUAACUUUUUCUAAUUUGUUAAUAUUCUAAAAAGUGUUAGAAUCAUGCUUUUUAUACCCUACUUUCCAAAUAAAUUCUCUUAUUUACUA